AUGGCCCUGGGUUUUCCUGGGAGUCCUUCCAGAGAGCCUCCCGCCCACCACUCCAGGAAUAGCUGCUGAUAGGCGGAAGCCCGCCGUGCCCCAAGCACUGAUUGGUCCUUUUCUUCAUUUAAUUCGGGUGAGCCGGGUUGUUUCGGACCGCGGAGUUUGAGUUGUGGUAUCGGGGUCCGGACCAAAAUGGGCAGAUCGAGGACGAACGAGCUCAAGCAGGAGCAGGGCCGGGCGUUCGCCUUCAGGGGCCUGACCCUGGCCCUGGCUCUGCUGGGCUUGCCGGGGGUCACUGCCCUGGACAACGGGCUGGCCCUGACCCCGACCAUGGGCUGGCUGCACUGGGAGCGCUUCACGUGUAACGUGGACUGCAUCGAGGACCCGGAGAACUGCAUCAGUGAACAGCUCUUCAUGCAAAUGGCUGACCUCAUGGUAUCAGAAGGCUGGAAGGAUGUGGGCUAUGAGUAUGUCUGCAUCGAUGACUGUUGGUUAGCCUCCAAACGAGACGAGAAUGGUAGACUCAAAGCAGACCCCAAACGCUUCCCCAGUGGAAUCCGUCACCUAGCAAACUAUGUACAUUCCAAGGGACUGAAGCUAGGGAUUUAUCAAGAUGUGGGAACUCUCACCUGUGCUGGAUACCCAGGCAGCUAUGGGUACUAUGAUAUCGAUGCCAAAACCUUUGCUGACUGGGGAGUGGAUCUGCUGAAAUUUGACGGCUGCAACUCUAAAGAUCUGGAAAGUUUGGUAGAAGGCUAUAAGUACAUGUCCUUUGCCCUCAACAGAACUGGCCGGAGCAUUUUGUAUUCCUGUGAGUGGCCUCUGUAUACAAGGCCCUCCCAGGAGCCCAAUUACACAGAAAUUCGACAGUACUGUAACCACUGGAGGAACUAUGGUGAUAUCUUGGAUUCCUGGAUUAGUGUGAAGAACAUUCUGGCCUGGACUGCAUCUAAGCAGGAGACCCUUGUUCCUGCUGCUGGACCAGGAGGAUGGAAUGAUCCUGACAUGUUAGUCAUCGGCAACUUUGGACUCAGCUGGGACCAACAAGUAACUCAGAUGGUGCUCUGGGCUAUCAUGGCAGCCCCACUCUUCAUGUCUAAUGACCUCCGACACAUCAGUCCCCAAUCCAAGUCCCUGCUGCAGAAUGUAGAUGUGAUUGCAAUCAACCAGGAUCCUUUGGGCAAGCAGGGCUACCGGCUCUGGAAGGUUGAGGACUUUGAAGUGUGGGAACGUCCCCUAUCAAACUUAGCCUGGGCCGUGGCUGUGCUAAACCAGAAAGAGAUCGGAGGACCUCAGAAUUAUGCCUUUUCUGCUGCUGUCUUGGGUGGGGGACUAGGGUGUACUCCAGCCUGCUUUAUCACACAAAUCCUUCCUGUUAAAAAAGAGCUGGGACUUUACGAAUGGACAUCUCAAUUGAAGGUUCGAGUAAACCCCACAGGCACUGUGCUAUUGAAGCUACAGACUUUCCAGCAACACGAAAGUUUCCAGUAAUACCACCCUGGAUGACUUAUUUCUAGCUACACCAACUCCAAUGACUGAGAUGAUUCUCUUUCCAAUAACGUCACUUCUGAUGAAUUCGACUUCCACUACCAUCAUAAAUAACUUAUAAUUUAUAACAGUUUAAAAUGUUUUCUCAUCUUCUGUGGGUUUCUUUCCUUUUGGUACAACACUGAAGCAUGGCCAUUGUCAUUUGCAACUGGGCAUUAAACCAUUUCUUUAAUGUUCCCUCUAGGCCACUUAGGAUCCUUUUAGUGAUUUGUAACUGAACUUACCCCCCUCACCUAUAAAUCUAGAGCAGUAUCCCCAUUCCAACGUCUGAAUGUAGGAUUUCCAAUCCAACCACCCCCAGGGCAGGUAUGUACCAUACAAAUGCUAUUUUUCCAAGGAUGACUCAGCCAUUAAAUCACCUAAUGGCUAUGACAAGUAUCCAGGAAGAGAAAGCCUAACACAAAUCUAGGGUAUAAAAUGUAGACUCAAGGUGAGUUGACAAUUCCUUUCUCUUCCCCCCCUCCCCAUAUAUUUUCCCCCUCAACAAAAGAGUCUAGCAAACACCCUUAGGAAGACUCAACAUUUAUUAAGCACCUUUAGUGUGAAAGGCACGGUGCUUGCACCGUGCCAAGAUACAAAGAUAGACACAGACAAACAUUCUGCCCUGGAGAGGGCUUAAAGCCUAAUAUGGGUUUAUGUAAUACAAAAAACGAUGUAAAAUAAAGAAACAAUGACCUCCAUUCUUUACUGUUCCAAGCCUUGACCAGCUGUCAUUUCACCCACCCCUAAAACAUAACUGAUAACAGUUUUCAGUUAACAGGCCAUCCCUUCAGCUAUGGGAAGUCACUUGACUAAUACUCUGAAAGCAAGGUACAAAUGAGUUUUCAAUUUAUAGGCAAUCCCUUUAAUGGCCAGGCAAUUCAAUCAUUAAUUUCCACAAAGAAUCCCAACAACCCAAAUAGAUAUGGGAAACUUAAAAAA